AUGGAGCACAAGGCAUGGUUCCACUUGCUUCCUCUCGCCUGGCACAUGCGAGUAAGCCUGACCUUGCCUGCCGUGCUGAAAGCAAGUUUCUUGGGGCGGACCAGCUUCAUUAUGCCCUCCUUGCCUGUAGUGCUGGCGGCCACCAUGGAUGUGAUGCUGGUCACCGCUGGCGAGAAAGAGCGCAUGCAAGACGAAUUGAGCAGUUUGAAAAAUCGGUUUGAACAAGAAAAGGAGCAGCACAAAACCACCCUUGCACGCAACUCCGCUUUUGCUGAGGGGGUGCGUACUGAAGCCGACGCCGAGCUCACCGAAGCGCAGCAAGCCACUGUACGUCUCAAGGCUGAGGUUCGGCGGCUGCAAAACCAAGUUAAUCAGUCUGAAGCAGAAGUACAGUCCUUGCAACGCCGUCUUUCGCAACGUGGCCGUGACAAGCGCCAAGAGAAGGAUCUGCAAUCGCAAUUGACAUCUGCCCAGGCCGAAGUGGCUCGUCUUCAACAAACUAUACGCGAGUCAGCAGAAGCUCGCCAAAGUCAGCAAGAGAAGGCGGAGUCUCAGCUGGCUCGCACCCGCGCGCAACUCCGUGCCAAGGACGCUGAGCUGGCAGCUCUAAGCCUGCGUACCAAGCAACUGUCUGACGAGGCGCUCAAUGCCCGGCAACUUGACGCUCACAAUCGUGACUUGCGACAACAGACCUGGCGAAAUUAUGUGGACAUCGCCGAUAGGAGGAACGUGCUGCAACAGCCGAGGCCUCGGUGGCGCGACUUCAACGCGGCUCAAAGAGCGAGCGAGAAGAGGUUUGCUCAUGUUCUAGCGGAUCGCGAGCAGUUGAAAGUGCAAGCACGCAAUGCCGAUAUCGAAGAACGCUUGCGGGAGCGCGGCAUUCGCGUGCCCAGCGAAAAUGACGAUCUUUCCAUGACGCCACGUCAAUAUGACAUUACCUGGCUUGACAUGGCGGCUGAGCUGCCAGGCCGCACUGACACGGAGAUUGAAGCUCGGUACUUGGAGCUGAUUGACGUGAACCAUCGCGGGACAAGUGACAACCAGCCCCGCUCGGGACCACAGACGAGUGUUUCACGGUUUGCAGCGACGCAAGACCGCCAUGGAGCACCACGUUCGGAUGGUGUGGGGUCAGCCAACAGUCUUGUGGAUCCCAUGCUGCCAGAUCUCAGUCGGAGCGAAAGACCACCUGCAUACGCAACAGACGUCGAUGAAAGCUCUCUGGCCGACGCACCGCUGUUUGCCAGCUGGGAUGACGAUGAUCCGUACAUGCAGCACGUCGCUGCCCAAGGAGCAAUGCGGACAUGA